AUGUGGGAGGCGUGGAAGUUGCUAAUUCGAGUUAAAAGACUAGACAUUUAUUCAUUUGCUGCUAACUGGGAAGACUUUUUUUAUUUUCCCAUAAGAUUGUUUUACGAAGAUUAUUUGGGACCUUUAGCAAUUAUAACACCAGCGCUAUUCCCCGAAGCUACUGUCAUUAGAAUGGGAGGUAUUAUGCCCUAUAACUAUUUCCGCGCUUGUGUUUCAACACCUUCUAUUGUAGCUUCUUUGGAGAUAGAAAAUCUUCAAGGCCUCCUACAACCGAGAGAUGGCUUUCGCCUUUCAAAUCAUGUUUUAUUUCAUCUGCAUGUUGGCGAUCAUUUCUGGUCAAACCAGACAAGAUACAAAGAGACUAAGGAUGAGAACGGAAUUCCUGUAUUGAGACACGCCGGCCCAAUGAGAGGGCAUCUAAGGCCUCUUAUUGGAAAAUUUGUGCCAUUGAAACAUCUUAAAAUCUCUACAGCAGGUCGUGAGGUCAGUCAAGAUCUUAGAUGGUCAGAAACAAGAGAAAGAAAGCGAUAUUCCGAAAUGGCAAGUUUCAUCAGAUCGGUAGCACCCAUACUGGUUACUUUUGCUUUUGAACAAGGAGUUGGACUUGAACCACUUGAAAAAAGGCAAGUGGAGUCGCGUAAUCAUACAUCCACAUUGAGCCAAUCGAGAAGGCCAAUGGAUGAUUACUUUUUUAAGUUCAUACUUCCAGCAUUGUUAGGAGGAACUUGGUCCCGACUCAGGAAAUUUUCUAUCCGAGGUGUCUGUGGAAAUGUUAGGUAUGAGACCAGACGCUUGCUUAGAUAUGUGAACUUUACACCAGAGGCACCUGAAGUUCUAGAGUCGGUUAUGUACCAGUUGCGUUCUGUCAUGAGCAAUAGCGUCGAGUUCACUUUUGAGAGGGAGACUCAGAGUGUGUUUCGUAUGAUGGAUUUAAAUAACUAUAAGAGACAAUACUAG